CGAUUUUCUUUCAUGUUUUUAUCCUCAGCUUGCGUUUCGAUCUUUCAAUAAAACCCGCGAAAUUUCUCAAAAAAGUUUUUGAAAUCCGGGUUUCAAGAUUAGAACAAUUGAACCAUAGAAAUGGAUUAUGAUGCUGUUGAUGAAGCUAGUGUCUCUGUUGAUCAUGUCAAUGCUCAUGACCAAGGGGCAGAUUCCGGUAGACCUGACUUUGGUGAUAGGAUUUCGUCCAACAGGGAGGUGCUCGGGGAGUUGAGGAACUCUGGUGAGAUCCUGACGCGGCUCGAGCUCGAUUUAGCAUGUGUUUCCGAGAAGAUAGUUAACUUGAAUGUUCUUAUGAUGCAUGUGGCGACGAGGGAAAACGAGUUUGAAGCUUUUGCCUUGGAGAAAGAGCAUACAUUGGAUGAUUCUUUGGAGAAGGCUUUGGAAUUUGAUUUAUUGUCUGGAGUUUUGGAUUCGGAGGUGAGAGGAUUGGAUGGAUUCAUGGCUGUACUUCAGUCAGAGAUUGUCAAUGCCCGUGAGCUAGUAUCUUCAUGCUUACACGAGGGAGAAACUCUCGGAGAAAUGGAAGAAAAGUUGUGUGAUUCUGAACAAUCUUUUAAGCAGUCACAAGAUCAGAUUUCUGAAAUUAGGAUGCAGUCACUGAAGUUGCAGAGGACAUUGACAUGUUUAGAUCGAGAAGAAGAAUGGAAUAACUACAAAAAGUUAGAGGAGGAUCAAUUUUUUAGUGUGAAUGCAAAAAUAAAAAUGCAAACUGCUGAACAACAAAGACAUAUUUUGAGGUUGCUGGAGAAAUCUUUGGCAAGAGAGAUAGAUCUUGAAAAGAAGUUAGUCGAAUUUAGGCACGUUGAAGAAGAGUUAAAACAAAGGCUCCUCUCGUCCCAACAAGAAGUGUAUUGCAUGGAGGAUGAAACAGCAGAUGUUUGGGAAAGAUGGUUUGAGGCAGAUAGUACAUCUGCAGUUCUGAUGGGAAUUUCAAAAGAACUAUUGGGUCGGCUCCAGAUACUCGAGUUCAAUUUGAACAGUUUGGUUCAGCAAGAAACCAAGCUAAGAUCAAAGCUUGAAGAUUCCAUAGAAGAGCUGAAAGCCAAAGAAAACUCUUUGAAUGAGCUUGCAAGCAGCAGUGCAGAAGUUAGUGACUUGCUUGUUUCACAGACCAACAAUUUAAAAGCAAGCUUGAGGGAGGCUGAAGACAAGUUGAUUCUUGCCAAUUCAGAGGCUUUUACUUUGAGUGAAAAGGUCGCUUUGCUUGAGAAGCAGCUGAAGGAGUCUGACAAGGUUGAAUUCCUUGAGAGGAAGUUAAGAGAGUCUGAUAUCCAGUUACAGCGUGCAAUUGCAUCUGCUGAAGCUAGUCAGGAGAAGCAAAACCUGCUGCAUUCUACAAUAGAUGAUAUGGAAAAUCUGAUUGUGGAUCUUAAGGGAAUGGUUUCAAAAUAUGAGAGUCGGGCUGAUAGUGCCGAGGAGAAGUGUAUUAUAUUAUCUGAAUCUCAUGCGGAGCUAAAUGAGGAACUGAACUUUUUGAGGGGGAGAUUGGAAUCCCUGGAAGCAUCUUUGCAACAAGCUGAUGAGACCAAGUUGGCCGCUGCGAAGGGCGUAGGUCUCCAGACCAAAGUUGUUGCAAAUUUGGUUUUGCAACUAGCUUUUGAACGAGAUCGUCUUCAUAAGCAGAUUUCUUCGUUAGCAAUGGAGAAUAAAAUUCUACUGCUGCAGUUACAAGGAAGCAACAAAGAUUCUGCGGUUUUGAGGCAUGAUAUGGCUGCUGCUACGUGCUCAAAGGACAGCAAGGAAGAAGUUACUGAAACGACUUCUAUCAGUUCUGAGCUGGAUAAGACUCGAGAGAAUGCAUCUUUCGUUGAGAAUGAAGUGGGAGCAACACCAGGACCAGAGACUGCAAGGAGAAUCGAUGCAGGAAUCUUGAACUUUAAGCUAGUUUUUUUGGCAAUGCUCAUUCUGCUGAUCGCAGUUGCAGCUUAUUAUUCUUCUCAACUAGAAAGCUGAUUUUGACCAGGAUUCCAAAGUUCUUCAUAAGUUCACCAAUGAAGCUCUUUCUCUACGUGGCCUCUCUCCUAUACCUACCCAGAAAACACAAAAGGCUUUGACGAUGAAAAGAUACCACUGCGAAACUUGUUCUGCCAAAGAAUUUAUAGGUAGUGUAUACAGUCCUAAUCUGACUCGACCUCGAGGUAGAUAUUUUAUUUUUAUUUUUUUUUCUCAAGUGAAGAAGACAGUUUUAGCUUGAACCAUUUAGGACCUCAAAAGCUGACGGAGUUGACCGUAUCUUACCAUAGCAUUUUGCGGUUUCUUGCAUCAACUCAGGCUUAGGAUAGUGUUCUUGCUAUCCUGUUUCCUUCAUGGUAGCUAGCUCGAAUUUCGAAGCGAUGUAGACUCUGACUGAGUCGGGUUAUUUGAAGUUUCAUUUUGUUGGGACUAACUUGACUAGCGAGUUAUCUCAGUUUUGGCCCCUUUUCUUUCCAAAGAAGUUUUGUCUGCAUUUCUGCUGACAAAAGUUGUUUACUUCGUUGCUCUUUGUAUCCUUGUAUAAGUUAACUGGUUCCAUGAAGUUUCUCAUGACUUCAGCAAUGAAUGUGAUUAGCUAAGAAGCGACUUUAGUGGCACUUUUCUGAUUGUUGCCCCGUACAUUAUUCUUUUAAUAUCAUUUCCAUGAA